CAGAUAGUAAAAAUGAAUCUCAACACGUCUCAACGCGUGCGCACUGACGCGAGCACUAGCUCGCCUGCAACUCGCGUGCCUCCGCACUGGCGGAGGUCGCAAAGCGUUCCGGUGACGCCUUCAAUUGCAUCUAAGCCAUCCUAUGGCUCCAAGAGUACCAUCAUUUGUAACGCACAACAGUAUGGCCGUGGCCAGCCGCCGAACCAGCCUCAGCAGCCGAUGGCGCUCGCACGGAGGCCAAUUUACCAGCCGGUGCAGCCUCAACAGCCCGUGUUUCUUAAUUUGUCACAAGUCUCUGACAAGCAAGUCAUCACGCGCAACACCGGCAAAAACCUGGGCACCAUGGGCGAGGCCUGGGUCGACCCGCAACGCCUGGAGGUUGUGUCGUUUGAGGUCGAGAGCAAGCGUGGUGUCGGCAGCUCAGUCACCGGCAACGUGCCGCUGGCGAUGCUGAAGCAAAUUGGGGAUGUUGUUCUGGUCCAGGACGAGUUGCCACCCGACCAGGUGCCGUUGGACGCCCGGUACGGCUUCGUCAAGCUGCUGGGAUUGGAAGUGCGGACGCGGAUGGGACGCGUGCUGGGCAAGAUCCGCGACAUCACCUUCAAUCCCGACACCGGCGCCAUUUCCCGCAUCGAGUACGACGACUUUGGGCUGCGCUUCCUGCCGGUCAACUUUUUCGACACGUUCAGCGUGCCAGCGGAGCUGGUGGAAUCUGCGGUGCUAGGCUAUGUGCUGGUGGCUUCCGAGGGCGAGGCGUACCAGCGCCAGGAAAAGCAGGGCAUCCUGUCGGGCAUCCUGCGCGGCCUGGGCACGCGGCCACAGUCCAUGGGGCUGCUGCUGACGGACGGCGGCCGCAACGAGGUGGCCGGCUACCUGCCGCAGAACUACACGUACGAGAAGUGGGAGUCUGACAUCCGGCGCUGGGAGGCGGAGACGGGCAUGCGCUACGAGGAGUACAUGAUGGCGCAGCAGCAGCGCAUGGGCGGCGGAGGGCCGGCGGGCAUGCUGCCGGCGCCAGGAGGCAGCACCGCCGCCGGCUACAUGGCCCGCGGGCCCCAGCAGCAGCAGCAGCAGCAGCAGCCGAUGGGGGCGCAGCCAGGCUUGGGCAGGCCCGGGAUGGGCAUGGGUGCGGGGCCGGGGCAGCAGCAGCAGCAGCAGCAGCGUUACGGGCCGGGCCCGGCGGCGGCACCUGGCACGCCGGGCGGGUCGGGGGCGACGCGGCCGGGCAUGCGGCCAGGCGUGCCGGGGGCGCCGGCGCCUGGGGCGCUGCCGCCUCAGCAGCCUCAGCAGCAGCAGUACGGGGCUGCGGGUGCGGCGCCCGGGACGGCCUAUGGAGCCGGGUACGGCGCAGGAGCGGACCCCAGGUUCCGGGGGGCAGCGCCGGCGGGCGCCGCACCGCCGCGUUUCGGCGGCCCUCAGCAGCAGCCGGCACAGCAGCAGCAGGCGGGCUGGCCGGCCCAGCAACAGGCGCAGCAGCAGCAGCAGGGUGGGGCUGCCGGCUGGCCGCCUGCCGGCGCCCCGACACCGGUGCAGCAGCGGCAGCAGCCGCAGCAGCAGCCGGGAGGAGGCGGGCGACCGGGGGCUCAGGGCGCCCCGCAGCAGCAGGCGGCGCCGCAGCAAGCGCAGCAGGCGGGGCAGUAUGGCUGGCCGGCGUCGGACGGCGGUGCAGCGGGCGGGCCGGGCGCGGGCUCCGGACCGUCAGCAUCCGCGAAUGGCAACGGCAGCGGCGCAAGCGGCGGCGCGAUGCGGGUAGAGGAGUGGCUUGCGCGAGAGGGCGUGGCGCAGCCGCAGCCGGUGCAGGCAGAGCCGGCGGCGAUGGCGAACGGCUGGGAGGGGCAGGGCGGCCGCGGCGGCGCACAGUAUUGAGCUGGCGGCUGCUGUAGAUGGUUACUGACGGCGGCGGCGUGUCUCGGUGGACUUGGCAACUGCCCAAGGGGGGCGGUGUACGGUAAUAGGGUGGCAGCGGAGCGGAGCGUCGGUACAAUUGCACGUUUGGCCGAUUGCGCUGCUGGCGGUCGGCGUCGACCAAGUGCGCCCAACACGCGUGCUCAUGCUGGAAAACCAGAAUCCGGGAGCACGGUUGCGGGACGAGGGAGGCGGCUGCGCUUUUUGCGGGUGGCAGGUAGCGGACGGCGGCGCUGGCAUGGAUGGGGCAGGGAACCAGGUGUGGGGGUUAUCAGAACCGAAUCCUCAAGUCCGCCGAGCUGCACUGCAGUGGGAACCAGGUGUGGGGGGAACAUGUACGCAUGAGACAGAUGGGCAGCAGCAGGUUAACAAGAUGCGCGUGAGGUGCUGUGUGUUGUGACGGUUCCGCGCUGACACAUAGGCAGACAUUUGGAUGUAGGCAGGAUAUCAUAAGCGCAGGAGGCCACGGGCUCAAGGCAGUGCAGGCAUGUGUGGGUGUGUGAAACAACGAAGACGGGAUGAGAUAUGUGUUGUGUGUGCGUGUAUGGCAUUGUCAUGCUUUGCAGACUCCGCCAUCUUACAUUGGGGGCGCCAAGAACUGUUGUAUAUUGUGUACCGAAGGCGCAAGAAGUACAUCAUACAUUGCGCAAGGGACGAUCGAGUACUGAACUGUAGGCGAGGGGAGGAAUGAAUAAGCCUCUGGGUCACGCGGAUGUGCAAACGGGACGGGCACGCCGCCAUGCAGGGCCAUGUGCAUGUAACAUGAGUGGUUG